AGAUCACGUGACUUGACUCUUCCUCUUCCUCCAUGUAAACACUGUAGGUCGGAGAACAGUGUCUAGUUACACAGCAAGCCAUGGGCGUUUCACUAAGUGUAAAACUGUCUGCAUAACACAGUGUGACGACCUAACCUUUACAGGGAGCUAAAACGUGACCGCGACUGGAAUAACACAUGUACCGAAGAAGCUCUGAGAGUGUUUAGGUUGUGUGGGAAUGGGUCCCAUCCCUUUCCGGUCCAAAUGGACAAUAAAGGGAGCGACGAGGUGGAAAAAUUGAAGACAAAGUUCUUGUCAGUGUGGCACAAUGUGAAGUACAGUUGGGCUCUGAAAUCAAAGACCUCAUUUAGUAGAAACUCCCCAGUGCUUCUCCUCGGAAAAUGCUACCAUUUCAAAGCUGAAGAUGAUGAAGGUCCAACAGAAGCCAGCUAUGAGCCCUCAGAAGACAACUUUGUCAUGGGGAAUGUGGAGGCUUUCCGCAAGGAUUUUGCAUCCCGAGUGUGGCUCACGUAUAGGGAGGAGUUCCCCCCCCUGCCUGGCUCCACCCUGACCUCUGACUGUGGCUGGGGCUGCAUGCUGAGAGCCGGGCAGAUGAUGCUGGCUCAGGCACUUAUUCUUCACUUCUUGGGCAGAGAAUGGACCUGGUCAGGGGCUCUGGCACUCCAGCCCUUAGACACAGAGACGUGGACUACCACCGCAGCCAAACGUCUUGUGGCCUCUUUGGAGGCCUCUCUGCAAGGUUCCCCAGGGCCCUUUGAUAACAGAUCAGAACCCGUGUACCAAGCCCAUGCAGCGGGAUCUGCAGAGGAGGCAGAUGCACAUUUGAAAGAGAUGUACCACCGCACGCUGGUGUCCUGGUUUGGGGACAGCCCCUCGGCUCAGUUAGGCCUCCACAGGCUGGUCUGCUUGGGCCUGACAAUGGGGAAGCAGGCAGGGGACUGGUACGGGCCUGCUGUGGUGGCACACAUUCUCAAGAAAGCUGUCGAGAAAGCGAUGGACCCUGGCUUGGCGGGUAUAACUGCUUAUGUCUCCCAGGACUGCACAGUGUACAGUGCUGAUGUCAUCGAUAACCACAGGGCACCAAGACCAGGACAGGUCUCUCCGGAGAGGUCAGAUGCCCCUCCAUCCCCACAGAAUGACCAACCAGUGUCUGCUUCCACCCCGUCAGACAGCCGAGCUGUCAUCAUCCUCAUUCCUGUUCGGCUGGGAGGCGAGAAGACAAACCCUGAGUAUUUUAACUUUGCAAAGAGCAUACUGAGUCUGGAGUACUGCAUAGGCAUCAUCGGAGGGAAGCCCAAACAGGCCUGCUACUUUGUAGGAUUUCAAGAUGACAGCUUGAUUUACAUGGACCCUCAUUACUGUCAGUCUUUUGUGGAUGUCAGCACCAGCGAUUUCCCUCUCCAGUCAUAUCAUUGCCCCUCACCAAAGAAGAUGCCUUUCAGCAAGAUGGACCCAAGCUGCACCAUAGGUUUCUACUCUAGAAGUGCUGAAGACUAUGAGAGAAUCAGACAAGAGCUGUCCAAGGUGCUGCAACCGUCAGCCAAGGAGAAAUACCCUGCGUUCACUUUCGUACAAGGUCACAGUAGAGAUUAUGACCUGUCAGCCAGCCUGACCACAGAGAAGAGAGAAUGGCCUUUCAUCCGUGACCCACGGAGGACAGUCACCACUGCAGGGGACUUUGUGCUGCUUUGACGGCACUGUUUAAGGACUACACACAGAGAACUUCUUUUGAUGAAUCAAACUCCUUGAUAUCCAAAGCCUCGUGUCCAAGCCUGAUGUGACACUGAAGGUUAUGGAACUUUUUUUUUUUAAAACUACAGUAAUUCAGUUUUUGUGUCCUGGAAACUAUUUCAAUUUUUGCCAAAACUGUUAUUAACUGGUUAGGCUUGGGUUUGUUGCCUGGCAAUGCGAGCUCACUGAACAUUGUUUUUGGUGCUAAGCAUAAUUUAAUGAUCUGAUUUCUUUUUAUGUGCUCAUGUAGAGAAGAGGAACACCAUUUGUUUUGCACCAAUAUUUGUAAUUUAAUGUACUUGAGACAAACUGUACUUGAGGCAUCGACACACCAGAUUUUGGUAUAUUUGGUGUAGGAUUUAUUCACGCCGUACAUCAUGUCGAACAAGUCUCAACGGGAUUUUCUUAUAAUGACCCUUCAGUCCAGUUCUGCAGUUCAAUGCUGACAUGCUUUUGAGGCCAGCAGCGACACGGACGCGUAGUAACUAUUAUUAAAAUCGGCAUUGGUCAGCUUUCCAAUCUUUUCACAGGGCUACAUCUAUAGUAUUUUUGUGUGUAUGGUUGACAUUGGGUUAAGGAGGAAUAUUGUAAAAGUCUUAAUUAAUAUGGGCCAAAGGCUCCCUACAGAUUGAAACUUCUCUGCCGAAAACAUUUAAUCAAGCAAGACGUCUCAAACACCUCAACAACAGAUACGUGUGGGACACAUGAUUCGAAGGAUAGCUGCCAGUAUUUCUUUUUAUUUAUUCACACUAGAGCUCAUUUCUUACUCUGAGCAAUAAUAUAUAUUGAUGAUGUGUGAUUACAUGAUUGUUUGCCUGCCGUAGUGUGUGCUAUUAAUCUUGACUGAGUUAUGCGUCACAGUGCAAUUGACCAAUGGUAACAGGAAAGUUUUUCAAGGGGAUAAUGCAAUGUAGGACGCUACUGGUUAAAAAUGAUCUUUUACAAUUGAAUUCUUUAUGUGUAGAAGGAGUUGCUGUACAUGGCGAAGACCUCUAAAAUGAAGGCUGAAGUCAAAACAUAAAAAAAUGCUAAACAAGUUUAAUUUAUUCGAAACAGCAGUCUGCACCACAUAAAGAGACAUACUGCAUUAACUCUCUGACCAAUUUUAUGUGUAUAUACCGUGUGCAAAUAAUUUGGGGAUUUUUUAACAUUUCACAUUAUGUUUAUUAUUAUAUUUUUCACAUUUGCUGGCUUUGUAGCCUCCAGCAGGGAGUAACUUAAAGAUCUGUUUCUGUUCCUCCAAAAUGUGUUAACAAAUUAGACAUGAAGAAGUACAUUAGGCUACAAAAUUCAAUCAUGCACUUUGAUUUUGUCAGUUCAAAAACACUGAAGAAUUCAGAAUCUUUCUCAUGUGCUUUCUUAAAUGACAACACUUGUAUGUUUGCAUAAAUUGACUUAAAAAAACAUAUACAUGUCAAAAUGUCUGUAUGAAUGAAUGGAUGUUUUUAACACUCCAAGGCAAAAAAAGUUGAAUAAAAUCAAAACAUUUGA